AUUCUGGUUCAAACAUGAAAAAUCGGGUUCAAUAAGUAAAGAAAAUAUUAUGUGAAGGCUCAAGCCGUAUUGAAACUUCCUAGACAAAUCUGAUAGUCUAUCUUUGCGCUGAGAUGGAAUUUGACACUAAAACUCCUCCAUACUUGACAAGCGACAAGUCAUCCUUCGCCUAUAUAUCUGCUCGAGAUAGAUGGCCAGUCAUAGUAACGCAAGCUAUAGAUGAUUUAUAUCGCUCUGUCUCCCAGUGCGAAGAUUCUGAAAAGCGGGAUGAAGGGAAGAAAAUUGUAGAAGAGCUGUCUCGGCUCAAAUAUGAGCUCCAGCACGACCGACAACUCACACCGAUAAGAGACGACGGUGGCGCUGACGUAGCCCUAUACAACACCGAGUUGGAGCAGUUGGGAACGCCCAGUUGGUUUAAUAUUCCAUGGCUCUUUUGCGAGUGCUACCUCUACAGGCGUCUUAACACCUCCUUUAGACUAUCUACGCAUUGGAAGACUUAUGAUGUGUUCUAUCGCCAAAAAAUCAAGACAUUCCGGUCGUCAAGGCCUGCCGUAAUCGAACUCGCUGCUCGAUAUAGGGACUUGGUAACCCAAAUUGGCCAGAAUAAGAAGACUGGCACCGAGCACGACGAAGCACAAAAGAUCCUAUUCUUCGAGAUGUGCGAGAUCUGUUUGUGGGGAAACGCUACCGACCUAUCUCUCCUGACUAGUCUCACAUACGAGGAUAUUCAGAAGCUGCAAGGAUCUGAAGCUAGGAAAGCUUCCGAGAAGAACAUUCUUGUCAAUGACCUAGCAGCUACGUAUGAGGUGUUGAAGAAGGCUAAGAACGAAGGCAAGAAGGAGCGCCGGGUGGAUAUUGUGCUAGACAACGCCGGAUUUGAGCUAUAUGUCGACCUUAUCUUGGCCGGGUAUCUGUUAUCAUCUGGGCUCGCUACACUCGUAGUUUUGCAUCCGAAGUCGAUCCCCUGGUUUGUGUCAGACGUCCUACCGGCCGAUUUCGCCGCUCUCCUUAGUGCUCUAGCCGACCCCAAGCGGUUCUACGAGACACCAUCGGAUGAUGAGAAGUUGCAAGACACGAUCCCCCCGCCAUUGCCCGAAAAGGACGCUGCGGACCUUGGCUUCCUUUUCCAGGAGUGGGCGCGCAUGCACGCUGAAGGACAGCUUAUCAUGAGACCAAAUGCCUUCUGGACCCAUCCUGGCAGUUACUGGAGACUCCCGUUUAUGGAAAAGGAUUUAUACGACGAUUUGAAGACGAGUGAAGUAGUCAUAUUCAAGGGCGACCUGAAUUAUCGGAAGCUCACCGGCGAUGCCGCAUGGGAUCCAUCGACACCGUUCGUCGAAGCUAUCGGGCCCCUUGGCCCUGGUUCCGGAGUCAAUGUUCUGGCCCUCCGAACGUGUAAAGCCGAUGUCGUCGUGGGAUUGAAGCCGGGACAAGAUGAAGAAAUCCGAGCGACAGAGGGUGACAGCGAUGAUAACGGCGCUAGGAAAUGGGCAUGGAGUGGCAAGUGGGCAGUUGUGUCUUUCUCGGAGGGCAAAUGAUAAUCUCGUGUUUCCGGAAAAUCUCAGCUGAUAAGACUUAUACCUGAUAGACUGCUACAACUUUGCUGGCCCGGCCGAGAGCCACGAACGUCUUGUUCUCCCAUUAAUGAUUAGUUGCCCAGGUAGAAAUAUGGUGGAAAGUCAUAUUCCAAUACUGAUGUUUAUGUAUGAAACCCCAAUCCGUCCCGUCCCGUUGAUCGUUGACGACCCAAGUAGCCGCAACUG